AUGUACUUCUUUACCGAUUCAAAGAGUAAAAUCGUUUUCUAUAUUCCUCAUCCUCCCAUCCGUUCUACGUCCAGCCCCGAAUGUUCACUCUUCUUUGUCUUUCUCACUCUCUCUUUCUCUCUUCCACUCACUCUCUCUUUCUCUCUCCAACUCUUUCUCUCUCUCACUCUCUCUUUGUUUCUCUCUCUCACAUUCUCUUUCUUUCUUUCUCUUUCUCUCACUCAUCUUUCUCUGUCACUCACUACCUCUUUCUCUCUCUCUCUCUCUCACUCCCUCUCUCUUUCUUUCUUUCUUUCUUUCUCUCUCUCUCUUUCUCUAUCUUUCUAUCUCUUUUUCUAUCUAAGCAUCUACUUUCUCUUACUCUUUCUUUUCUCUGUCUUUAAUUACUUCUUACUAUGCUGUUUCUUCUUUUUUUAUCUCUUUCUUUCGCUUGCCUAUUUUCUCUCCCUCUCUCUCCCUCUCCCUCUCUCUCUCCCCUCUCUCUCCCUCUCUCUUUACACAUUUUCUCACUUUUCUAGCGAUUCUCCCUUUGUCUUUCAUCUCUCACAAUCUAUUUUCAUUCUUUCACUUUCUCCCACAUCACUUUCUCUUUGUCACUUUCUUUCUCUCGCAGUCUCUCUCUGUAUAUAUCUAUCUAUCUCUCGCUCUCUGUUUUUAUCUUUUUCUAUCACCCACCCAGUCUUUCUUUUACUCUCUCUCACCCUCUCUUUUGUUCUUCCUACUUAUCUCCAUUGCCCAUCUACUUUAUUAUUCCUUCUUUCCUCCACUGUUUUUCUCUUUCUCGCUUCGUUCUUUUUUAUAAUUUUUUUUUUCGGUCGUCCCUCUCUCUCUCUCUCUCUCUCUCUCUCUCUCUCUUACUUCUCUGACACAUUAUCUCCCCGCUUGUUGACGUGUCUGCCUGUCUAUACAAGCAAAACCUCUCCGUAG